AUGAGCCACACACAGAUUAAAGAGUGGUACAGCCAGUUUAAAGACUGCCACGCAUUGGUGAAGAGCGAGUCUCGAUCCGGUCGGCCAUCAACAUGCCGAAAUGACCAGGUCAAUUCCAAAGUGAAUUCUGCGGUGAUGCAGGAAUGUCAUGUGACUAUCCAGGAAGUUGCAGAAGAGGUGGGCAUCAGCACGUUCUCUGCCCUUUGCAUUAUGACCAAAGAUAUGGCCAUGAAGAGAGUUGCGGCGAAAUUCAUGCCGAAACUGCUCUCGGUUGAGCAAAAGCAACUUCGUGUUGAAGUCUCACAGGACAUGCUGGAUUUCACAAGCAGUGACCCGAGCUUCAUUAACACCAUAAUCACUAAGGACGAGUCUUGGAUGUUCGCGUACGACCCAGAAACCUAA